AUGAACAACUACAGAGACAGAGGGGUCACUUGCACCUCCUCAGACCUUCUGGACGGGGGAGGACAAGGUGUGCUGCCUCAGCACACGCCGUUACGGCACACCCCCAAUGGCCACCUGGUCCACGCAGACCCGGCCCUGCAGCCACGCGUCUCUGUGCCCAAAAUGGGAGUCCGCGCCAGGAUUGCCGAUUGGCCCCCACGACGGGCCCAGUCCAGAGAGUCGCUGCUUGAAAAUGGCCAAAUAAGCAGCAGUCACAACGGCGAUGACUGCUCUGCGUCAGUGUCGUCGUCGGCGAUGUCGUCGGACGUCGGGUUGAUACGAGGUGGAGUGGCACGGUUGCCUCGGCGGUGGUCUAAAGAUGUGGAAUUCCGAGGUGCUGAGCGAAGUUCACCUUUGAGCCUGCGCGUCUUUCCCCCGCUGAGACAGCGCUCAAACAGCGAGGUGACGCUUAGUGAACAGGAUGAGAACGAGGUGGAAGUACGUGGCGCAGGAGCAAUUGGGACCUUGUUCAGAGAGUACGGCAGCACCUCCUCCAUCGACAUCCAGGGGAUCCCUGAGCAAAGCUUUUUCGACAUGCUCUCCCAGUUCCACCAGGAGAGACCAGACCAGCGUAGUUCGGCGCCCUCGCGGCUCAAAGAGCUGCUACGUACAACGGAUUCUCAACAUACCGGCGCUCCUUCGCCCGGUUCCACACUGAGCGGAGAUGAACGAAGGAAAGAUGGAUGCGAGCGUGUAAGGAAAAAAAGCGGUGGCACAGAAUCAUCGCUGGGGACUUCGUCAUUGUUCCGGAAACUCCGAGGCGCCAGUCGAAUUGAACAGGACGGGGGCAAAGGGGAGACAAGUGAAUCUGAUGUCCCAUACAAAGCAUGGGUGUGCCCAAAGAGCUUUGUCCACUAUGAUGCACAGAGUAUCCUGUUUGAUCUCCACGAGGCCGCAGCUCAGCGGGGAUACGUGACCCAGAGGAGGAACACUGCCACGGGGGCAUCCGCGGCCUCCGUGUCUUUGUCCACGUCCAAAUCUUUGCCUCUUAGUGGGAAUGAACCCGUAUACGCCAGCAUAGAGGAUUUAACUCUUGGCCCUGACCAUAGCACAACCACACCCUCUACGCCCAUGGACCCUACAGAUAUUCCUCCCGGAUCCCAUAGUUCCAGCCCGCUGCUUCUCAGCUGCCCUCACUUUAUCAAUGAGACUGGGGGACACGGGGAACGUAACAUCAGCUUCCUCAGCUCAUCGGCCGACCAAGGAGAAGGAGGAGAUGCAGUGAGGGGUUGGUUGAGGAGAAGUAACGCCAGUGUUUCCGUUCUGGAGAUGCCUAUUGAACAGCAGGUCACAAGACUGGAAAGACUUAAAGAGUACAGCAUAGAGCAUGUCGAUCUGGGUGCAAGGUACUACAGAGACUACUUCCACGGGAAAGAACACGCAAACUAUUUUGGUACUGAUGAAAAGCUGGGUCCCGUGGCUUUGAGCAUACGUAGGGAGAAACUAGACGACACCAAAGACCUGAAGGAUCAGUAUCAGUACCGCCUGAUUGUGAGAACCAGCGAGCUGGUGACACUCCGAGGGUCCAUCUUAGAGGAUGGGGUGGCGUCAACGGGGAGGCACGGCACGGUGCGAGGCCUGCCCCUCAAGGAGGUCCUGGAGCAGGUGGUCCCCGAACUCAGCGUCUCCUGUUUGAGGCUUGCGGUUGGUACGCCUAAAGUCACUGAGCAGCUCCUUAAACUGGAUGAGCAACGGUUAAGCCAGAAGCACAAGGUGGGUGUUCUACUGUGCCGUGCAGGCCAGAGCACUGAGGAGGAGAUGUACAACAACGAGGAGGCGUCGCCCGCCUUCUCGGCUUUCCUGGAGCUGUUGGGCGAGCAGGUGCUCCUCAAAGGUUUCAGCAAAUAUGCUGCACAGCUUGACACAAAGACUGACUCUACUGGCACCCACUCCCUGUACACUGUCUACCAAGGCUACGAGGUUAUGUUCCACAUAUCCACCAUGCUGCCAUACAUGCCAAACAACCCACAGCAGCUAUUAAGAAAGAGGCACAUUGGGAACGACAUUGUCACCAUCAUCUUCCAGGAGCCUGGAGCGUUGCCGUUCACCCCCCAGAAUAUCCGCUCUCACUUUCAGCACGUUUUCGUCAUUGUCCGUGUCCACAACCCCUGCUCAGAAAACACCUGCUACAGUGUUGCUGUGACAAGAAUGAAGGACGUGCCUCCUUUUGGCCCACCCAUCCCGAGCAGUGUCACCUUCCGCGACUCGGACACUUUUCGGAAUUUCCUGCUAGCCAAAAUCAUCAACGCGGAAAAUGCGGCGCACAAGUCGGAGAAGUUUCACACCAUGGCAACACGGACGAGACUUGGAUACCUGCGCGACCUGGCAGAGAACUACAUCAGCAGCACUCCCAUGGACUCUGCCGGAAAACUUAACAACCUCAUCUCCCUGGCUUCUAAGAAGCGCGAGCGCUCGAAAGCACGAGAGGCGGCCGAGCUGGGGGCCGCCGGGGCCGUCGCCUGGAGGGUCCUGGCUCAGGACUUUAGCGGCGGCGGUGCUGAGCUCCCCUGCGCCUUGGGCUUUUCUGCCGAAUAUGUUCUCCUGGUGGACUGUUCUACCAAAGAGGUGGUGUUCAACUGCUUUUGUGCCGACGUGAUCGGCUGGACCGCCGAGCGAUUGGCCUUGAAGAUUUUCUACGGCAGGGGCGACCACAUUGCAGUGCGGGUGCCUGAGGGCUGCGCACAGGACAUCAGGGAAAUAGUGCAGCGUUUGAAGUCACUGACGGUGGGAUGCGAGACAGUGGAUAUGACGCUGAGGAGAAAUGGAUUGGGCCAACUUGGCUUCCACGUGCGCCUGGACGGCACCGUGGCUGAGGUGGAAGAAUACGGCUUUGCCUGGCAGGCGGGCCUGAGGCAAGGCAGUCGCCUGGUGGAGAUCUGUAAAGUCGCCGCCGUGACGCUUACUCAUGAGCAGAUGAUUGACCUGCUCAGGACGUCGGUCACGGUCAAAGUGGUCAUUAUCCCACCGUACGAAGAAGGCGGGCCGCGGAGGGGCUGCACAGAGGAGUACGAGAUGAAGACCAUGGAGCAGAAGCCGGAAGCUGAGCCUUUGGCCGGGGGCUACCGGCCCUCCCCCCGCUCGGCCUGGCGCUGGGACAGCCCGCCGGUGCCUCAGGGGCUGCAUGGCACCCCCAAUCCGCAGCGGUGGGCCGCCAUGUGCCCCCCACCGCCGCCUCCGCUGCUGCGUUCCUCCCACAAGGCCUUGAUGCCCGUUCCCUACAGGGAGCCUCAACACUUCAACUCUAAGAGGCCGGUCAGCUACCCGGAGAACCACUACAACAUUUCUCCUGGAGGGUGUGACCGAGUGCUGCCCUAUAGAAACCCCUCGGCCAGCUUCUCCUCACCUUCCUCAGGCCUGGUGGGCCUCUCCACCAUGGGGCCGCCUGGAAUUACACCUGGGCCCUUUGUGCGCUACAAGCCUACACCUGACAGGUUCGGAACCAGACAGCCCCCUAUGCUUUCCUACGAGCCUCACCUCAGCAUGGAUAUCAUUUCCAGUGGAGAGUUGUCAUCGGGCUUCACCAGUCAGGAGAGCACUAUGGAGCGCUGCAAAACUGAACCUCUAUGGCAUGUUCCAGUGUCUUCGUCCAGAGUACAAGCUGGUGGAGGAGGAGGCCAGAGGAGGCUCAGACAGGACGUUCAAGGGAAAGACUCUCCAAACCGACACUCAAAGGGUGAUGCCCAAUACUCCAGCCACUCCAGCAGUAAUACGCUGUCCAGCAACGCCUCCAGUAGCCACAGCGAUGAGCGAUGGUUUGAUGGGGGACCCAUAGGCGAUCGAGGGGACAGCGGUUUUCCGGGCGAUGCGACUGAGCCCGAUCCGGACCUUCUCAACAAGGGCGGAUCCAAUGACAGCGGCAUCGACGCCCCGGCCCACUACAACAAUCACAACAGUCGCCACGUUUCCGCCGGCCAGCCUCACAAGCCCUCGCACGCUGCUGUCGUAAGGAGCGGAGGGGGCGACGCCAAGAAAAGGGAGUCUUCACCCGGAAUUUCGGCCGCGGCCAGUCAGAACAAAGGUUUUCGUACUCGGACGUUCCCACCUCCUGGAUCUAGUGCUGAAAAAAUGGAAACUUUCAAGCCAAGAGCCUACACACCUCAGGGUUACAAGACCCCCACUGCGGACAAAGCACAUCCCGUUCGCGCCUCCACCACCACACCCACUUCGGCCCACCUGAGCUCCAAUCCUCUAUCGAGCUCAGCACCCAAGGCCUUUUACGGAAAGAACAGACAAAGCGCCCUGCUGCCAGAAGACUUCGGUCCUUCGCCAUCCAACACAAAGACUUCUUCCGGUUCCAACAACAACAAGACUCAGGUUGACAUCAAUUCAAAGAAUGUGUUCGGACAACCUCGACUGCGAGCGUCGCUGAGAGACCUGCGCUCUCCACGACGGACGUACAAGAGCACCAUCGAGGAUGACUUGAAGAAACUCAUCAUUAUGGACAACCCUGGAGAGUCUCCACAGCGAGAUCCGUCUCCCCGGCGUAAACUGCAGCGAACCUUUUCUGACGAGUCCCUAUGCAGCGGCCGCAGGGACGCUAGCUUCGCCAACUCGGAAAACCAGUCGGCGCCCAUGGACAUGCUCUUCACCUGCACUCUUCCCACGCGCAAGCACUCCAGCUCAUCCAACCACUCACAGUCCAAAAAAGUGCCGCUGUCGGCAUCAGAACUGUCCCUCACUGAGGUGAGAGACAAAGUACCCCCGCUGAGGAGGCUGGACCCCGGACUCAUGCCCCUGCCCGACACGGCCUGUGGACUGGAGUGGUCCAGCCUAGUCAAUGCUGCCAAAGUCUAUGAAGCACAAAGAGCCGUGUCGCUUUUUUCACUCACCGAGACACAAGGUGGAGUAGACAUGAGGCCAGCCGGCAGUCCUGUGCAGUUUCCUACUCCGCAGACGCCACGGACGACACCCACUUUCAGCAGUGACGAGGUGCCAAACGAUUUGUCUGGGCGUCUCCACAACCUGGAGUUGAUGUUGAAACAGCUCAACAAUGACCUGGAGAAAGAGAAGCACGACAAGGUUGCUCUCAUGGCCGAGAUGGCUAACCUGCGCGAGAACAACCAACGGCUGCAGGAGGAGAGCGUAACGGCCAGCGAGCAGCUGCGCAAGUUCAACCGACUCUUCGGCCACCUGGGCGAGGGCGAGCACGCCGCGCACUCCCCGGCACUUCAGGCGCCGCCCAAGAGGGAGUAA